AUGUGGGGUGAGAGUACCUCAGCAUCAGCAUCUGAUCAUGAUCUUGCUGUCUUGGACUCCAUCAGCGAACAUCUUCUCGCUGAUGACUUUGAAGCUUCUUUGAAAUCUUCGGACUUUUGCAGGACUUUUAGCUUCACUAGCCUUCCCCUGAAUGCCAGUACUCAGCCGUUGAAACUUGACAGCGAGUUUAGCUCUGGAUGUCCAGCUCUGUCGAAUCCUACUGACUCCCCAACAGCGCCUGAGAAAGCAGAGGUGCGGCCACUGAAGGCGAGCCAAGGCGAGGCUGCAACGGCGGCUUGUGGAAAAGAAGUAAGUUACAGGGGGGUGAGAAGGAGGCCAUGGGGGAAGUACGCGGCAGAGAUAAGGGACCCUAAGAAGAAAGGUGUGAGGCUUUGGCUAGGGACUUACAAGACGCCCGAGGACGCAGCUUUGGCUUACGAUAAAGCAGCCUUCGAGAUUCGUGGCUCCAAAGCGAAGCUCAAUUUUCCUCACUUGAUCGGCUCGAGUAACAGUACUGAACCUGUUCGAGUGUGCCCAAGGCGUCGCUCACCAGACACGACCUCUAGAAAAUGCGGAGGAGCAGUCUUCAUUUGA